UUUGCACCCUAAGCAUCCCAUAAUAGCUAGAUGAAAAAUGGCCGCCGUAUCGACGAAAUUCUAGCAAAUGCCAUAGGUAAAUGGUUGAUUCUGAGUUAGCACAGCCCAAUUCUAAGAAGAAAAAACCCACCCUUAGCUAAAACCUGGGUUAACAUAAAUAGUUCAAAAGAUGAAAAUCAAACUCAUUUUUACCCCGGUCUUUAUCUCUUUUUUUUUUCUUUUCAUCUGUAGUCUUAAUUGCUCUGUAUUUAAAUGUCGAGAAAAACAAACAAUAAACAAGUUUGUGUCAUGUGUCAGCAUGUGUUGUCUUUUGUUUACAGACAACUUCAUCCGGGAUUUGUUGUUGAUCAUCGUGUUGCCGCUAAGCCUAGCCGUUUUGUUUAUUGUUGUUGUGUGCAUAAAUGUUCGACCAUGUGGCAAACCAAAACCGGAGAAGUAUGAGACACAGUUGUCGAUGAAAAUCAUGGGUGGAGAUUGGCUUGAAUUUACCCCAUCAGAUGUUCAACUUCAGCACAAGCUUGGGGAAGGCGCGUUUGGUGAAGCUUAUAAAGGUUUGGUGCGAGUCGAUAAACAAUGGCGUGAAUGUGCCGUAAAAAAGCUGAAAGUGAAUGCAACAGAACGAGAGACAAGGGACCUUAUAAACGAGCUUCAAAUUAUGGUUACUGUUGGUGAUCAUCCUAACGUCAUAAGUCUUAUUGGAGCUUGUACAAGGAGCGGGCCAAUAUUGGUGGUGGUUCGGUUGGCUGAGAAUGGUUGUCUGUUGACUCACUUGAAGAAAAACAGAAAAAACCCUUAUGUAAACGACAAGUGUCAUGAUUCUUCACAAAUCGACAAACUAAGGAUCGCAAGAGACGUUGCAAAUGGAAUGUUGCACCUUGCCACCAAAAAGGUACGUGGCAUUACCCGUUAAAAGAAUAACUGAAGCUAAUUCAAAAUUCUCGAA